GCUCGCAUUCCCACCACAACUAUAAGAAGCCGAGCAUAGGCGAGACCCAGAACCGGAGGUGUGCUCCUGAUUACGAGGGUUUGCUGAUGUGCGUUUCCCAAGGCCUCCGAGAAAGCGUGCGCGCACUCGGGAAUACACGUAUUCCCCUGCUUCUGCGUAAAGUGUGCGAGAAUUCCCGUGACAAUAGCAGUGCAUAUAUAGCAAAGGAUGCGGCAUCAAGUUCUUUGGUCCUCUCCAGUGGCACACCCCUACACCUCCGAGCACAAUCCGCUAACACUGAAACGCUGAUACUACAUGGACGGCGUACUCAUAUUUUAUGCAGCGGCCGCUGUCAUCGCUUUGGCACUCAGCCUCCGCAAGUUCUUCAAGCGUUCACCGUUCAGGCAUGUUCGGGGACCACCGUCGCCCAGCUGGCUCUACGGCCAUAGUCUUGCGACAACAAGAGAGAAGGACGUCGGCGAUAUCCAGUUUGAACACAUGCAUGAAUACGGUUCUGCAUGGCGCAUGAAGGAGUGUCUCAACAAAGAUAGUCUCUGGAUUGUUGAUCCCAAGGCGAUCCAAUAUGUUUUACAAACAUCGGGGUACCAGUACCCGCGGACGGUUACUGGGAGACACAUCGCGCGACAGAUCAUGGGGGACAGUAUACUCUACGUGGAAGGAGAUGACCAUGCGCGCGUGCGCAGAAUCAUGAACCCAGCGUUCAACGCCGCUCAGCUCCGCUCCUUCCUGCCCCUCUUCAGAAACUCGGCGCGCAGGCUUACGAGCAAAUGGAGAGACAGUCUUAAGAAUACUACCUCUCCCGCUGACCACGUCCUGAACGUAAACUCUUGGUUUACGCGGACGACACUGGAUGUAAUUGGAGAAGCUGCAUAUGACUAUCGUUGCGGUGCACUCGACGAAGAGGACAAUGAGGUUGUCGACGCGUACAAGAACAUGUUUCGGGACUCCGUGAUGUAUCCGUCUGGCGCGACUCUUCUUUUCCGCGCCCUCUGGCCGUACAUACCGGACCGUCUCAUUCGAAUCGUUGACUACUUUCCGACCCGGGAGGCCCGCCGUUUCCGGCACACCCUGACAGUCAUCAACAGGCUCUCGAAUAGACUGAUUGCGGAGAAGACGCAAGCGUGCCUGGACAGAAAGGACGAGAACCUCAGAGACAUCAUGAGUAUCCUCGUCAAGGCCAACCACUCGGAAAACCCAAAGACGCGCAUGAAGGACAAGGAGAUGAUCUCACAGAUGGCGACGUUCUUCCUUGCAGGCCACGAGACAACUGCGUCCAUGCUUACCUGGAUCAUGUUCGAGCUGGCGAAGGACCAAGCAUAUCAGUCAAAAUUGCGCGACGAGAUUGCAGCUGUGCGCGCGAAGGUUACAGCUCGCGGAGAUGAUGACUUCACCGUCGCCGACCUAGACUCGAUGACAUUCGUCAUCGCAUGCAUGAAGGAAGUGAUGCGCCUCCACCCCAUCGUGUACAAUAUGGUGCGCACUGCCAGCAAAGACGAUGUGAUCCCCCUCUCGAAUCCCGUACGGGAUGUGAACGGAAAUGUUAUCUCAGAGAUCCCUGUCAGAAAGGGUACGACAAUCAACCUCUCGCUGUGCGGAUAUAAUCGGCUGCCGGAGGUCUGGGGCGAAGAUGCUCAGGUGUGGAAUCCGUACCGCUGGAUGAACACCAAUCGGGAAAAGCAGAUCAACGUCGGUGUUUACGGAAAUUUGUUGACGUUCAGCGGCGGCGUCAAGGCGUGCAUCGGAUGGCGUUUCACGGUCAUCGAGCUGCAAGCAAUCAUGGUUGAACUCCUAGAAAACUUCGAGGUCGCCAUUCCCGACGACAAGCCGGACAUCCAGCGCGUUCCCGGAGGUCUGAUGAUUCCGAUGAUCAGGGGCAAGCCCGAGCUUGGUUCGCAGAUGCCUCUGAAGGUGACAGUCAUCGAGCGUCCGCAGCCGAAGGAGGUGUAG